GCCUAAUUAAAAACCCACUUGAUCGCAUAUGAGGGAGAGGCUGUGCACACGCAAUGCCGCGCUCGGCAUUGUCGUGCGUAUUUCCACCGCUGACUGCGAUGCCUUUUGAUCAUUCGUUCUUUCUUGAGUGUCAUAACAGGAGUGUGCUGUUGCAAGUUCUUCUCGUCACCCACGCCCACCGCUGAUCACGCCCCGAACGUUACCGAAUGACUGCCUUUGACACCGCGACCGCAACGAUGACAGAAUCCUACGCCAAUAAGAUUCCCCAACUUGAGGGCCAGUCCAACUUUAAGAUUUGGAAAAAUCUCAUGAAGAUGGCUCUCAUCGGCCGCGGCGACUGGCCGUACGUCAACCCGAUUGGCGCACGCGCGAGAAAGCCGAUCAAGCUCGACGGCGACUCUGACGAUAUGUACGAGGCACGAUUGAGCCAAUGGGAGGUCGCAACAAACCGAGCUGCCCUGUUCAUCGUCCUCAAUUGCUCGCCUGCCAUCCAAGAGGUCGUUUCGGACUUUGGGUCCGCGCGAGAAGUCUGGACAUGCCUAGACCGACAUUACGGUCCCUUCGGCCCGGAGUCGGUGGCCACAGUGGAGGACCGCUUAAGAGAUUUGGUAUUUGACGGGAGCAACAUCGAGCUCUACUGCAUGCGAUACGAACAGGUCGUCCGCGAGCUUGACGUGCUUGGACGAAAGCCUCGACCAGAGGCGUUGAUCUGCGACUUCAUCAACCAUGUUUCGAAAUUCUACCCCAAUUGGACGGAACAUGAAUACUAUGAGCUGGGCGAGGGCGACUUUCCAUCGCUGGAUACGGUCGUGAACCGUCUGUUGACGUGGACAAAGGGUUGAACGCGGCACCAGACAGACCACUAUCCCAGCGGUCUUGGCGCGAGUUUCGGAGGUUUCAAUAUCUGGGACCCGUGACGAUCGCGCGGCGCGUCAUAUGAAUGCGUUGAUGCAUUCUGACUAUCAAUGAUUGCAAAUGAUGGUCUGCGAGUUUUGGAAAGCAGUGCGAUGUUCUGAUUUUAGCGAUGUGGGCACACACACAGGUGUAGGGGGCCUCAUUCGGCUGGGUCAUCGGUUGAUUCGUCUACGGGACAGACGCGGCAUUUUUUUCUUGGAUUAUCAGCGGCAUAAGAUCUAUCAUGAAGGAUGACGAUAAUGAGACAGUAUAUCCUACACAACCUUGAAAAGCACGUACUUUGACACUUGGCG